UCUAAUGUUGCUAGGACUGUUUCUGUUAUAUCUAUACCGAAGUAACUGCAGUAACGAUUUUUAGGUUACUUUGGAUCAAUCGUUCUCGUUCCGGAAACAAGGAAAGCUAAAAAAUGUCUAAGAGGAAUCCUGGGGACGAAUAUAGAAAAGGGUCAAGUGUCUACAGAGCAGAGGACACCAGAGGGGAUAGCAGAGGAAGGGAUCGUUCACCGCUAAGAUCAGAUGACCACUGUGAAUCUGGCAACUUUGGCCACGGUGACGUCAAGAAACAGAAACUUGCAUUUGGGUUUGGAAAAAGGCAAACUGGUGCUGAUCAGAAAAAGGGAAUUCAGAUCAAAUUGGGUUCUGUAUCUAACUCUGCCACAAAAACUACUGUAGUACAGAGACCUACAGUAGCAUCUGUAUUUAAUGCAGAUGAAGAGGAUGAGCCAGAAGAAAUGCCAGCAGAAGCUAGGAUGAGAAUGCGAAAUAUUGGACGAGAAACACCUACCUCUGCAGGACCAAAUUCAUUUGGGAAAACAAAACAAGGUUUUUGUGACUCAAAAAAGAUAUUUGAAAAAACAUUGAAGAAAGCAAUGGAAGAAGCUAAUAAAUGAUUUCUUAUUUAAUGUA